AUGCAAAUUCGAGAUGAAUAUGAACGUGCAGUCGAAGAUCUUCACGCUCGAAAUUUGAUGAUCCCGGGACUGCAGACUCGACUACAAAGUCUGGAGACUCACUGUCUUCAACAACUCAGUGCGUAUAGUGCAGAAGCGAAAGCUCGCUCAAAGAAACGAUUAGCAGAGACGCAGGCGUUACUGGCUGCUAGUACAGCAGAAAAUGCGCGACUCACAGCUGCGUUAAGAAGUGAAAAGGACAAUGUUACAAAAGCAGAGAGUAAACUUACCGAUGUUCAACGUUCGACGUUGACGUUAGCGAGUAGUGUACGAAGACAUGACGAGAGCCUACGUGCUGGACAGGAACGUUCUCUUGAGGACGCGAGAGCGUUGCAGAAAAACAAGGGAAUGGAGAACAUGUGGCUGCAGAUAAGAACACGAUCGUGUUACUUAGUCGUGGAGUACAGGAGCUCUCUACUGCACUAA